CAGCUGAAGAAGCAGCAGGAGGCGCAGCCCAGGGGAGGGGAUGUCCGGCUGUCCGCAGGAGCCGGCCCGGCGGGCGAGGAGCUGAGCCCCGGGGAAGGAAGGAGAAAGAGGAGGAGCGAGGAGCAGCCCUAUGCGCAGGGACAGAGGAAGAUCAAGAGGAAACAGCGGUCUCGCAGCCCUUCUGAAGAAAGGGCGGGUGCUGAGGAGGCAGCAGAUGGCAGCACUCCCUCGAAGAAUAAUAAAGAAAAUAGAAGAAAAUCAAAAGUGCUGCAAGAGAGGAAUGAAGCAGAUUCUGAAGAAGACAUCAAACAACAGGAAAAUAGAAGCAACUUUAAAAAUAAGACUUCUAAAAGGAAGAAGAGGGAUGAGGAAGCUGAGGGAGCUGAAACCAGGAAGAAAGAGAACAGUGAAAGAGCUGAAGGAAAUCAAAGCCCAACGGAUGAGCUAUCCUUAGCAGCCUUGGAGGAAGAGGCAAAUCCUCCACCCUCCAGUCUGAUGGUUCUUGGAGACUAUGACAGAAAGCCAGUGCAGAAGGUUCAGCCCUUCUUACCGCAGUGGCUUGCUCAACCCAAACUAGUGCAAAAACGUAUCAAAGAUAAUCUGGUUCCAGUCACUGAUGUCCCAGGAAUUCAUCCCAGGCUGUUGAAAAAGCUGCAAAUGAAUGGGAUAGAGUCCUUUUUUCCAGUUCAGGCAGAGGUGAUUCCUGCUAUUCUACAGAGCGCGGCCAACGGGUAUUUGAUGGGGCGCGGAGGAUACCGCCCCAAAGACAUCUGCGUCUCAGCACCUACUGGCAGUGGUAAAACCCUGGCCUUUGUCAUACCUAUAGUGCAGGUUCUGCUAGAUCGAGUAGUUUGCCAAGUACGAGCUCUGGUUGUUCUACCCACCAAAGAACUGGCACAACAGGUGAGUAAAGUGUUCAACGUUUACACUGAUGGGACAGGUCUGAAGGUCGUUUUGAUUACUGGCCAGAAAUCUUUUGCAAAGGAGCAGGAGAUGCUUGUCCAGAAAAAAGUGACAGGGUACUGCAGCCUGGCUGAUAUUAUUGUGGCUACACCAGGACGACUCACAGAUCACAUCAGCCAGACCCCAGGGUUCAGCCUGACGCAGCUUCGCUUCCUGAUCGUAGAUGAAGCUGACCGUAUGAUUGAUGACAUGCACCAGAACUGCCUGAACCAAAUUGUCAAAGCUGCAUUCCAAGUAGAUGACACUGGCUCCAGCAUGCUUUUUCAGAGGACCAAACCAGGGCCUGUAACAGCAGCCAGCUCCUGCUAUCCUCAGAUACCCUUACAGAAACUGCUGUUUUCAGCCACGCUGACCCAGGACCCAGAGAAACUGCAGCAGCUGGAUUUAUUCCAGCCUCGCCUCUUCACAUCUGUCUAUUCUGAGAAAAAAAUACUUGGAGAUGGAACAGAGACUGAGCAAGACACUGAUAAGAAAUACACACUCCCAGAGGGCCUAUCGCAAUGUUACGUGCCUUGUGACCUGAAUUCCAAGCCCUUGCUCCUCUUGCAUUUCAUGCUGACGAUGAAAUUUACCCGUGUGUUGUGCUUUACCAACUCCAGGGAAGCUUCUCACAGAUUGUUCCUGCUGGUUCAGGCCUUUGGUGGAGUCCCUGUGGCUGAAUUUUCUUCUCGGUUACCUCCAAAUGAGAGACAGAGAACCAUAAAGGAAUUUGAACAAGGAAAAAUACAACUGUUAAUCAGCACAGAUGCCACUGCACGAGGGAUUGAUGUUAAAGAAGUGAAUUAUGUCAUAAACUAUGAUGCACCGCAGUUCAUCAGGACGUAUAUUCACCGAGUUGGAAGAACAGCCCGUGCAGGAAAAGUGGGUGUUGCUUUCAGCUUGGUCCUUAGAAUUCAGGAACGUAGGUUUCUGCGGAUGUUGAAGGAUGCUGGCAUCCAUGACAUAAAGAAGCACCCAGUGAAGGGCAACUCCUUAAAGCCGUUGGUGCAGCAGUAUGAGGAAGCUCUGUGUAAGCUUGAGAAGACAGUCAAGAACGAGCGAGCUCAGAAGCGAGCCUGA